AUGGCCGAAGCCGACCUUGGCUUUCUGGAGAGCUUGCUUGAGAAGGCACCCACCAAGGAGUCGAGCCAGGAGGAUCCGCUGGUAGCCGCUUUGGCACGCAAGGCGGAGGCCGAGAAGCAACGCCAGGAAGCCUCGCAAGCACGUUGGGCCUCCUGCCACCAGGACCACAAGGUUUGGCUGGCUGAGAAGAACUGGAGGAAAGCAGUGCGGAAGAAGAAGGAAGAGGAGCGCCAACGCCUUGCUCAAGAGGCUGCCGUUGAGAAAGCCCGUCGAGAGGCCGCCGCGCGGCCAGCCGAAAUUCCGGCGUCGGUGCGCGCGGAGCAGGAGGCCAAAGCGAAGGCGGAGAAGGCCCUGAAAGAAGCGCAGGAUUUGUGGUUGGAGAGCGAGUGGCAGCCUCUGCUCGAGAAGCGGAAGCAGGAGGCGAGGUCCAAGAGGAUUGAGGCCGAGGAGGCGACGAGGCAGAGGCACCAAAGAGAAGUGGAUCGGCUGCGCUACGAGCGCUGUGGCAUGGAGGCCGAGGACGACUACGCGAGAGAGUUCCCGGAGCACCUGGAGCGAGAGUGCUUGCGGCUUUCUGCCCGGGCGCAGACCCCACGCGUGGCCGCGUCGAUUGCACGCUCCAUCGAGCUGGUGCUGGAGAUGCGUGGCUUGGAGAUUAGGUGGAAGCAGAGUCUGGAGGAGCGACGCCUGGAGGAGCAGAGAAAGUGGCUCGAGGAGUUGGAGGAGAGGAAGGAGCGCGACUACCGCGAGUGGCGGCAGAUGGUCCACGAGGAGCGACGCCGGCGCCUGCGGCUCCAACACCGCGAGGAGCACCGCGAGGCCUCGCUAAGGGAGUGGAAGCGCCUGGAGCUCCAAGGCCGCGACGCGCUCCGGGAGGAGGAGCUGAAGCAGGCGGCCGCCUUGGAGGAGGCCUUCGCCAAGUCCGACUCGCAGAGGAAGCGGCUCGAGCAGCAGGGCGUGUCGCCUGGCCGAGUGUUGGAGGAGGCCAAGGCCUUGGCCGAGAAGCAGCGGAAGAUCUUAGAGGACGUGGGGCCCAAGCAGGCGGAGCAGGAGCUGUGGGAGGCUCUGCUGACCAAGAACCGCUUGGCAAGGGCACAGAAUACUCAAAAGGAGCCCAGGGAGAAGCCACGAGGUGAGUUCCACAAAGUCAGAGAAGACACCAUCGCCUCCACAUUCAGGCUCAGGCUUUCUCGCCCAAGGCAGAACCUGCAACAUGUCCCAAAUGUCCGAAGUCCUGAAGGUGAAGCAGACGGCCACAGCUUCGGAGCCUCCUUCGCAAUUUUGGCGCAGCAGCAGCAGCAGAUCAAGAAGAAGAAACAGGAGGAAGGUAAACCGGGGAAGGACGACUUCAAGCCCAUAGACAACUUCAUGGAACCGCGGCUUAGCUUCCAAUCCAUGGAGCGUGAUAGUGAUGGCCAUGGCCUACCAGCAUUGAAGACACAUAGCGGCUACGUGGAGGAGUUGGAAAAGUCCCUGAAGAACAUCAGUUCCACUCCAUCAGACUUGGAGAAGCAGGUGUGUUGCCGCAGAGCUCGGAUGGCGAUGCUGUCGUAG